AAGUUGUGGUCACGUGGACGCUGCUCAGAGCAAAAGGGAAGUUCACAGAUCCUCUUGAGUCAUUUGUCACCGGGCAGGGGAGGCAGUGAUUUCGCACUUUAGUCAGUCAAACUGUACCUAAUCAUCGUCUAAGAAGGAUUCACUUUCAAACAGUUUGUGUAUGUCCAGCAUGAAGCUGUUGAUCAUCGCAGCUGCCUCUCUGGCAGUGGUGAGCUGUGCCAGCCUCUCUCUGGAGGACCUGGAGUUCCACGCAUGGAAACUCAAGUUUGGUAAGGUGUACAGGACCCCUGAGGAGGAGGCCCAGCGCAAAGACAUCUGGCUCUCCACCCGCCGCAGGGUUCUGACCCACAACAUCCUGGCUGACCAGGGCAUCAAGACCUACCGCAUGGGCAUGAACCACUUCUCCGACAUGACCAGGGAGGAGCAUCAUAACACUGUCCUCCUAAGAAGCACGAUCCUUUCCAAUGAGACCAAAGCCACACGCCAGCGAGGGGCUUCCCCUUCAAGACAGACAGGGGGCACUAAGCUUCCCAGUUCAUUUGACUGGAGAAAAAUGGGCUGCGUGACUGGCGUCAAAAAUCAGGGCCCAUGUGGGUCCUGCUGGGCCUUCAGUACAACAGGUGCGCUGGAGUCCCACACCUGUAUCAAACAUGGCCGCCUCCCCUCUCUGAGUGAGCAGCAGCUGGUGGAUUGCUCUGGGUCCUAUGGGACCAAGGGCUGCCAUGGGGGAUGGAUGUACGAUGCCUUUAACUACAUACAGGCUAAUGGCGGAAUAGACACCGAGGAUGCUUAUCCCUAUGAGGGACAGGACUUGCCUUGCCGUUUCAAGCCUUCGGGCGUUGGUGCUACAUGCACAGGAUACGUCACUGUGACCCCGGGAGACGAGCUUUCCCUGCAGGACACUGUGGCCUCGGUUGGGCCUGUGGCUGUGGCUAUCGAUGUUUACAACGAUUUCUGGGCUUAUGAGUCUGGUGUCUAUAAUGAGCCCUCCUGCAAAGAGACCAACUUACUCCAUGCCAUGCUGGUGGUUGGCUACGGAACUCAAGAUGGCCAAGACUACUGGCUGGUGAAGAACAGCUGGGACUCUUCGUGGGGAGAAGAAGGCUACAUCAAAAUGUCCAGGAAUAAGGCCAACCAGUGUGAUAUUGCCUCGUAUGCCUUCUACCCCCAAGUGUGAUGAGCUGCCACAGGGAUGUGAGGACACUAUAGAGUUUGCAUCGACCCUCUGCUAAUUUCAUGCUACUACAGGAAAUCAAUUAUUAACAUAAUUUUCAAUAAUGAUCUAGAACUAAUGAUCUGGACAGAAAAGAGUGAAAUAAUUUGGAUUUUGCAAUUCCGGAAAUGAGGCAUCAGGGAAAUGAGGCUUCUUUAACACAGGAACACUGGUGUGGGUUUCCCCAUGAAUUAAUAGCUGCUGUUCUGUCUGUAAAGUCUGUAAAGCUUUGCAUGGGUUAUUGAAAUAAAAUGUUUGCUUACUUAA